AUGGCCAAACCAAGCAAUAUAGUUUUUCAAACACAUCGUAACUUCAGAAUACGUUUAAUAUUAUCCACAUUAUCGGGAAAACCAAUAAAAAUUGAAAAAAUUCGUUCAAAUGAUGUCAAUCCAGGUUUAAGAGAUUACGAGGUUUCAUUCUUGAGAUUAUUAGAGUCAAUAACUAAUGGCUCAAUCAUCGAAAUAUCAUAUACAGGUACAACUGUAAACUACAAACCAGGCCUUAUAAUUGGAGGCCAAAUCACACACAAUUGUCCAAUAACAAAACCUAUAGGUUAUUUCCUUGAGCCCAUAUUAUAUCUAGCACCAUUUUCCAAAAAGAAAUUUUCAAUUGUUUUUACUGGUGUAACAUCCAAUAAACAGGAUAUUACUAUUGAUGGAAUUAAAUGGGGAUUGAUUCCUGUUCUAGAAAAGUUUGGUGUUAGAGAAUGUGAGUUACACACCAUAAAAAGAGGUUCACCUCCAAAUGGUGGUGGUGAAGUUCAUUUAAAAGUGAACACUUUGCUAUCGUCUCCCUUGACUCUUCAUGUAACAGAAUUACCCAAAAUCUCUGCUGUUAGAGGGAUUGCUUAUUGCACCAAAGUAAGUCCAUCAAUGGUCAAUAGGCAAAUUGAUUCUGCUAGAUCUGUUUUAAACAAAAUUGGAUGCGAAGUUAACAUUACUUCCGAUGCAUGGAGAGGGAAAAAUUCAGGAAAUAGUCCAGGAUUUGGUUUGACUUUAGUUGCUGAGUCUAAAAAAGGUUGGAGAAUCUUUGUUGAAGAUAUUGGUGGGCCAGGUGAAACACCAGAAGAUGUUGGUACAAGAGUAGCCUAUCAAUUAUUUGAAGAAUUAAGUAUAAGUGGUGCUGUUUGUCGUUCCCAAUUACCUCUAGCCGUUGUAUUUAUGGUUUUAGGUAAAGAAGAUAUUGGAAGAUUAAUUAUAAACAACAAUCAAAUUGAUUCUCACUUAGUGCAUUUAUUAAGAGAUAUUAAAAAAGUAUUUGGGACUGAAGUAUUCUUUCUGCCCGAUGACAAUGUGAUUGACCAAAAUAAUGAAAAUAAUUCUAUACUAACAGUUAAAGGCAGUGGUUUCACAAAUGCAAGCAAGAAAAUUGCAUGA